AUGGCGCCCGUGCAACCAAGUGUUGGCCCAUCUAGGGACGAGCCUAGAGUGUUUGGCCUUGACAAGUUCAACGGUGACAACUUUGCUGAGUGGUCCUUCAAAAUGGAGAACGUGUUUGAUCACUAUGACCUGCUGGAGGUGAUGGAAGGAACGGAGAAGCGCCCCAAGAACGACCCGGAGAAGAGCCCGUGGGUGCGGAAGAGCGCACAAGGCUACCUCCUACUAGGGCAAGCGUUGGGGAGCAGCCAGAUCCGUCACAUCAAGCCAUUCCAGCGUGAACCAAAGAAGGGACCAAAGGCAUGGGCUGCUCUCAAGCGUGUACACGCUCCUGCAACAGCGGCGGUAGCUGUGGUGUUGGAACGGCGAAUGGCGUCGUUACGAAUUGAAGAGGAUGAAGCGGUUGAAGAAGGGGUGCAGAAAUUCUUUGACUUGUUGACUCGGCUUGAGGGAGCUGAUUUGAACUAUAGUGAGCUCCAAAAGAAGACCAAGUUGCUGGCCCUACUCCCUGAGUCAUGGUCCUCGCUCAUCAUCAACCUGAAUCGCGACUUGCCCCGCCUCUCGCUUGAAGACGUGAAGCGAGCUAUCCUUCAAGAGGAUUUCCGCCGCCGUGAGUUGGUGAGUGCGGAUGGCGCAGGGGCAGCGAGCAUCGGCCGUGGAUAUGGUCGCCAGGAGGGUAGAGGAGCAGGAGGAGGGAGAAGAAGAGGCAGUGGAGGCCGUGGUAGUCGCGGUGGCGGAGCUGCAAACAUGAAGAGCGGAGACAACGACAAGGACCCGAGCGACGAUCGGUACCUGGGUCUAUUCUACUUCGUGUCGACCAUGACACCUCGCCCAGACUUGCUCACUGAACUCGAACCGUCACCGGUGAAGCAUGUCACAUCGGCUUUGGGGCAACGAGCGGAGGUGAAAGGCAUGGGCAAGGCCAUGUUCAAGGGUGCUGAUGGGAAGAUGGUGGGCCUCAAGAACAUCCCAGUCGUCCCUAUGCCUAAGGAGAGGCAAGUGGCAGCAAGCAUCAGCACCAAGGAUGGAGCGGUUGGUAGCGACGAUGGCACGAACGGUCGCGGUAAGGAGAAUGAGCUCAAGAAGAGCAGACCUGGAGGGACCAGCAAGUUCAGUGAACCUAAGGAGAGUGGUGCAGCAACCAAGGAGCAGCAAAAGGGUGAGGAGAACCCCGAGGGAGCAGCGAAGGAGGACUACGGAGAGAGUAUGUGGGGCGCUAUUGCGAGCGCCGCAUUCUCCAAUCCAACUUCGGCUACGGGGGAGUGUGAUUGGCCCACCUUGCAUCGGCGCAUGGGGCAUGUGGCCCUGCCAAUCUUGCAGCAGCUAGUGAAGAAUGAGAUGGUUGCUGGCAUACGUGUGAAGGGGGAGCCCAAUGAGGUACUUGGCUGCCCGACGUGCAUGCAAGCCAAAUUCACCCGAUUCCCGUUCUCUAGUUCGGAGGCGACGGCUAAGGCACCGCUUGAUGAGGUGGUGAUGGACGUGGCAGGCCCCCUGAAGCUUGGAGCUUCUCGAGCUGAGUAUUUUCUCACCAUUGUCGACGUCUACACCCGCAUGACUUGGGUGUAUGUGCUGGCCAAGAAGAGCGACGUGGCUGAAACGUUGAAGCCGGAUUGGUUCCCGAUGGUGGAGCGGCAACAAGACCGUCUAGUCAAAGCCUUGACUCAUGUGGGAGCAGACAAAUGGGUGUCCUAUGUGGAGUGGCUAGGAAGGAAGCCAAAGGUGGAUAUGCUUCGGGUGUUCGGGUGUAUGUGGAUGGCGCUCGUGCCUAAGCAUCUUCGGCACAACAAGCUUGGUGCCAAGGCGGUGUGGGCCGUGCACUUGGGCAUGGCUCAAAACAGCAAGGGAUGGCUUCUUUGGGACCCAUUCACCAAGAAGUUCUUGGUGAGCAGGGACUGCAAGUUCAUGGAGAACUUCAUGUACAAGGAUUGGAAGGCGGAGAAUGAGGCGAAGAUAUGCGUGCGGUUUGGGGAGGUGAAGAGUUCCGGUUUGGAGCAUGUGGAGCUGCCUUUGGAGCUGAGCAGCGGCAGCACAACCACGAGGCAAUCCUCCCUUGUGAAUGGGGGAAAGGAGACCAAUGAUGCAGAGGAAGAAGAGGAGGAGGUGCAGCAAGUGAGCGAGCGUGCACCGACACUUCCUUCCCGCACUACGAGCGCUCCACGGAUCCGAGCCACACCGCAGCAACGCCAAGGCCUUCAAGUCCCUGCAACUGAGGAGGAAGAAAGGGGGAAGAGGAGAAAUCAACCCCCUAAUAGGUUGACCUAUGAUGCGCCGGGAAAGCAGGGCAAGACAGCCCUGGCUGGAGCGGCAAUGAUGGUCGGAGACGACGAGGAGAGUGACUACGAGGAGUGUGCCUUCGCGUUCUUCUCUCCGGUGGAGAUGCCGGGAGAACCAGCAACUCUCAAGGAGGCUUUGGAGAGUAGUGAUGCUGAGGAGUGGAAGAAGGCAAUGGAGAGUGAGCUGAAGAGCAUCGAGGAGAAUGACACGUUUGAAUUGGUGGAGCUACCGGAGGGGCGUACGGCGAUAACGUCCAAGUGGCUCUUCAAAAUCAAGUCGGAUGCCGACGGCAAGAUCGAGCGCUACAAGUCUAGGCUUGUAGCCAAGGGGUACCAGCAGAAGGAGAAGGUGGACUUCAAGGAGCUGUUUGCCCCUGUGGUGAAGACGACGACGCUGCGAACCCUAUUCGCGGGAGCCGCCAUCAAAGGAUGGGUAGUAAAACAAAUGGACAUCGUAACGACAUUCCUUAACGGCAUCCUUGAGGAGGAGAUUUUUAUGGCGCAGCCAGAGGGGUUUGACGAUGGUAGUGGCAGAGUGUGGAAGCUGAAGAAGGCCCUCUAUGGGCUGAAGCAAGCCCCUAGGCAAUGGUACAUGAAGCUGCGCAAAGUGUUGGAGGGGAUCGGCUUCACUCCCUCAACGGCCGAUCACUCCUUGUUCAUGCUUGGCGAGGGGGAGCACAGGAGCUUCAUGGUGGUGUACGUGGAUGACAUCCUCAUCUUCUCACCCUCUUCUGACCUUGUGAAGGAGGGGCCAGAGGAGGAGAGCGUUGGAGAAGAGGAGAGGCGCCGUUUUCACUCGUUGAUGGGCAGCCUCAUGUAUGCGGCGGUAAACACCCGAUCGGACGUCGCGUUUGCUACCGGGCAGCUAGCUAGGGUUGUGCAAUGCCCUAAUGAGGAGCAGGUAGCAGCUGGAAUGAGGGUGGCCAAGUAUCUUGGCCAAACACCGACCGUUGGGCUGCAAUACUCGGCGGCGGCACAAAGGCGCCAAAAGGGCGCGGAUGGUGUUGAACCCGGGCGUUUGUUCCUCACCGCCUACUCGGAUGCUUCAUAUGCAUCGGAACCAGAGGACAUGACAAGUGUGGGAGGCUUCAUAUGCUGUGUUGGUGGAGGCCCAAUUGCUUGGGAGAGCAAGAAGCAGGUUGACCAAGCUUUGAGCUCGGUGGAGUCCGAGUACGUGGCACUCUUCCGUGCCGUACGGGAGAUUGUGUGGCAGCGGCGUUUGUUGGCUGAAUUGGGGGAGGAGCAGCAAGGACCUACCCCACUCUACUCUGACAGCGAGGGUGCCAUUGCUCUUGCUAAGAACCCUGUGUUGCAUGGACUCACAAAGCACAUGAGGGUGAAGUGGCAUUGGACGAGGAGCAUGGUGACUACGGGUGAAGUUGAAUUGCGGUACGUGAAGACCACGGGGCAGCCGGCUGAUAUGAUGACCAAGAGGCUGGUGGAGCAGCAGCACUGGAAGUGUUGCAAGCUGACUGGGAUGGCUCUGAACUGA